AUGGCGUUCCCCCAGCCGCGGCUCGCGCCGGCGGAGCUGCCCCGGCACCGGGCGCGGAGCAUCGAGUGCGGCCAGGGCGCCGUGCGGGCCGCGCGCUUCAACGCCGACGGCAACUACUGCGUGACGGGCGGCAGCGACAAGACGCUCAAGCUGUGGAACCCCUACAAGGGCACCCUGCUGCGCUCCUACCUGGGCCACGGCUACGAGGUGCUCGACGCCGCGGGCUCCUUCGACAACAGCCAGCUGUGCUCGGGCAGCGCCGACAAGACGGUGGCGCUCUGGGACGUGGCCACGGGGCAGGCGGUGCGCAAGUUCCGGGGACACGCGGGGAAGGUCAACUCCGUGCAGUUCAACGAGGAGGCCACUGUCAUCGUGUCCGGCUCCAUCGACUCCAGCGUGCGCUGCUGGGACUGCCGCUCGCGCCGCCCGGAGCCCGUCCAGGUGCUGGACGAGGCCAAGGACGGAGUGUCCAGCGUGAAGGUCUCGGACCACGAGAUCCUGGCAGGCUCCGUGGACGGCCGCGUCCGGCGCUACGACCUGCGGGCGGGCGAGCUCUACUCGGACUACGUGGGCAGCCCCGUCACCUGCGUGUGCUUCACCAAGGACGGGCAGUGCGUGCUCGUCGCCAGCCUCGCGUCCCCGCUGCGCCUGCUGGACAAGGACACGGGCGAGAUGCUGGGCGAGUACCGCGGCCACCGCAGCAGCGCCUGCCGCCUGGACUGCGUCCUCAGCGAGCGCGACGCCCACGUGGGCUGCGCCUCCGAAGACGGCGCCGUCUACCUGUGGGACCUGGUGGAGGGCUCGCUGGCGCUGCGCCUGCCCGUGGGCCAGGGCGCCGUGCAGGCGCUCGCCUUCCACCCCAGGCAGCCCGUCCUGCUGGCGGCCACCGGCGGCACGCUGCAGCUCUGGGACACCGGGGACGCGGCGGGGGACACGACGGGGGACGCGGCCCCGUGA